AUGGUGCGUGCUACAUUCUCGUUUAUUCUCGCUGCGAUCCAAGUUGCGACGGCAACUUCCCUUCAUGUUCCCCUCACUCGUAUUGCGAUACCGACAGAUCGAUCUGUAGAUGACAUUGUGGUUGCUGCGGACCGUCUUCGUUGUAGGUAUGGCUUCGCGCCAGUUACCGAAGUCAGUCUACGCAAGCGGGGGUUGGACAUGAGCAUGCCCCUCAUCAAUCAGGGUUACGAUAUGGCAUACAUCGGAACAGUCUCGGUGGGAUCGCCCCCUCAGACUUUCCAGAUAGUCAUGGAUACCGGUUCCUCUGACCUCUGGCUCGCGUCUACAUCAUGCGCCAGCUGCCCUCUUGAUACGCCCGGAUACAAUCUUUCUGCCUCUUCCACCUACAAGAACACGACGAUUGCAUCAUUGACCAGCAUAUCAACAAAUGAGAUUUCUAUUCAAUACAAUGGUGGCGUCGUUCUUGGUGCCCUCGCGUCCGACACAGUUAGUAUGGCCGGGUUCACAGUCGACCCACAGACUUUCCUUGUCGCCAAUGCGGUGUCAGGCAAUGUACUCAGCCCAAACGUCUCGGGAAUCAUGGGCCUCGCGUUCCAGGGACUCUCAGCGACCGACGCCGUACCGUUCUGGCAGGCGCUCGUCAACAAUGGCCAGCUCUCGAGUCCCGAGAUGGCGUUCUAUCUAACACGAGUCAUUGACAACCCCAAUGCCACAGAGAACAUGCCCGGUGGGGUGUUUACACUGGGCGGCACGAACAGCUCGCUGUACACUGGCGACGUCGAAUACAUCACACUGGCGGACAGCAGCGCGCUGACGUUCUGGCUACUCACCGUUCAGAACGUGACCAUCCAGGGCAGUCCAAUUAAAAUCUCCACUGGAAACGCUGCCACCGCCUCAAUUGACACUGGUACAUCGCUUAUUGGAGCACCACAGGAUGCUGUAGAGGCGAUAUACAAGAUGGUGCCCGGCUCGAGGGCUCUCGGAGGUAACUACACGGGCUUCUACUCGUUCCCGUGCUCAACACUUGUGAAUGUGUCGGUCUCGUUCGGCGGCCAACUCUGGCCUAUCAGUCCUGAGGAUAUGAACUGGGGCCCGAUCGGCCAGACUGAAACCCAGUGCAUGGGUGGGAUCUUCAGUCUUGACGUAGUCUCUCCCUCCGCGACUGGUGGUCCAGACUGGAUUUUUGGUGACGCAUUCAUGAAAAAUGUAUACAGCGUCUUUCGUGUCAAUCCACCUGCAGUUGGCUUUGCCCAUCUGUCAGAAGUUGCAACUAAUUAUUCAGAUGCAUACCCAUAUCCUUAUAACUCUAGUACGAGUGCAUCAUCCGCUUCGUACGCUGCACCCUCGACGCAUGUCCAAAUGAUCUUACUCAGUGCACUCGCGUCAUUGGCAUUGGCAUCGAGCGUAUUCUCAUAA